AUCUCAGCCAGUGUCUGGGACACAACAGGAUAGCAAACCUCUGUUUUCUGCUUCUGUGGCCAGGUCUUGUGAUGUAGCUGUGAGAGACUCUCUAUGCAGCUCAAGGUCAGGAGGAUCCAGCAGCAGCCUCAGGGAACUGUCCCAUCUGGAUCUUGGGACCUGCGGAGGCAAGAGGACCUAACUUUCCCUGCUGCGGCUCUCGGCCUUUACAUGCGGACACUAUGGAAGACUAGAGGGCUCUGAUAAGGAUAUGAGGCCUGAACCACUGUCAAUACCUCCCACAACAGAGUCCAUUCUCCCAGCUUGAUCCUGAUUCGGUCGAGGGGGAAUGGGCCCAGCCUCACUGCAGGAGGAGAGAGAGCCGGAGAAAAAGUCCAAGGAGGAGAUGGAGAGCUACCGCUGCCUCCUGCAGGCUGGCUCCCAGCUUGAGAGUACUCUGCAGCAGGUUACUGUCCCCGUGAGCAUGAGGGAGGUGGGAGGCUACAUAGAGAAACAGGUGGCUUACCUGUCAGGGGGUCGUGGGGAAGAUUCCAGUGUCAUCAUCACCCUCCCUGAAUACUCAGCUUUCAGUGACAUUCCAGAGGAAGCUUUAACCAAAGUGUUUACGUACCUCACUCUCAUCCCUCGAACGAGACAACCUGGAGUGAAAUUUAUCAUCAUUUUAGACAGAAGACUGGACACAUGGGCCUCGAUCAAAACUGCACUCGCCAGGAUAGCUGCGUCUUUUCCCGGGAACCUCCACCUGGUCUUGGUGCUCCGACCCACCAGCUUCUUCCACCGCACUGUGACUGACAUCGGCUUCCGCUUCAGCCAAGAGGACUUCAUGCUCAAAAUGCCAGUGGUGAUGCUGAGCUCUGUGACAGACCUGCUGCGCUACAUCAGUGAGAACCAGCUGACGUCAGAGUUUGGAGGCACUUUGGAUUAUUGUCACAGUGACUGGAUUGUUUUACGAACGGCUAUUGAAAGUUUUGCUGUGACAGUCAAAGACAUUGCUCAGAUGCUGCAGGGCUUUGGGACGGAGCUGGCAGAGACGGAACUGCCAGACAAGGGGAAGGCCAUCGAGUGUCUUCUGGAGUCGCAAACUGACAAGUACAGGAAACUCAAGGACGCAAUCAGGUCAGUGUCAAAGGAAGGUCGUCAUCUUCUCUCCAGCCUGGAGGCGUCUGGGAGGGACGAUGACUCUCAGUGGGAUGUGAAGCUGGACUGGGAGACAGUACAGAGGCUUCUGGCUCAGCUCAGAGACAUGGAGUCGGCGUUUGACGGCUUCUUUGAGAAGCAUCAUCUGAAACUGCACCAGUACCUGCAGCUGCUGAAAUACGAGCAGAGCUUCCAGGAGAUGGAGAUGUGUCUGGAGCAUCUGACGGCUGAGGAGAGGGAGCUGUCUGUCUCUGUAGACACUCCGGCUCAGGCAGAACAGGCUCUCAAAAGGCUGGACAAUCUGGAGUCUAAUGCACAGGAGGUGGUGGCUCGAGCUCAGAUCAUCAUCCUUCACGGACACCAGCUUUCAGCCAGUCACCACUUCGCCGUGGCUCUCAUUAUGCAGCGCUGCAACGAGCUUCGCCACCACUGUGACACACUGAACGCUGCUCUGAAGACCAAACACUCUCACCUCCUGCACACACACCAGCUGCUGCUCUGUCUGGAUCAGGCCCAAAUCUGGUGUGAUGAUGGAGCGUACCUGCUGGCCAAUCAGCUGGUAGAAAACUUCCAGUCUAAGGAGGGGGCUCAAGCUGCUUUAAGGGACAUUGAGAAGUUACUGGAGAGGGCGCCGUCUAUUCUCAGCUCAGGACCUGACAUCGUGGCCAUUGAAUAUGAGUCUGUCAUCACACCUCAUCUGCAGGCCCAGAUUGGGAAAACAUUUGAGAAGCAUGCAGCGCUGCAGCAGAUGAUCCAGAACCGACAGGCUUGUCUGAGGAAGCUGGCUGAUAAACACGUCCGACCGGUCCAACUGGUCACACCCAGGCCUGAAAACCCACCACGCUCCAAGUCCCCACUCUUCUCCCCCAAGCAUGGUGAUGGUUUGAAGUUCACAUUCGACCUCUCUUUGCCUGGGAAGAGAGCGUCCCGAAAGAGCCCCAACCCUAGAAAAAUCGAGGUGAUCCACGACUACCAGGAGAGCCGGGGCUGUGUGUCGUACAGCCUGGAGGGAGAGGACAGCCCCGAUCUCUUGAAGCGACAUGUGAUGAGGGAACUCAUAGAGACUGAGAGGAUCUAUGCUGAAGAGCUGCUGUCAGUGCUGCUGGGUUACAGGGCUCAGAUGGAGAACCCAGUUCUGUCAGUGCUUCUGCCCCCGAUUCUGCGCAGCAAGCGAGACAUCCUGUUUGGAAACAUGCCCGAGAUCUACAAUUUUCACAGCAGGGUCUUCCUUCAGGACCUGGAAGGAUGCCUGGAGGCUCCUGAAGGCGUGGGAGCUUGUUUUCUGAAGCGGAAAGAGAGUUUUGAAAUGUAUGAGUGCUACUGUCAGAAUAAGCCACGCUCGGAUGCGCUGUGGAGACAGUUCUCUGACUGUGCCUUCUUUCAGGAAUGUCAAAAAAAGCUGGAGCACAAACUGGGCCUGGAUUCGUACCUGCUGAAGCCGGUCCAACGUCUCACCAAAUACCAGCUGCUGCUCAAGGUGAGACACACAGCAGGUGUAUCACACAGAGUGGAUGUGGUAUAG